AAAUGAAAUCACCUUCUGAUUCUCUGAAUGUCUCCCUUUCGGAGUGAUUGUUUUACGAUUGUUUUACCGAAAGAUACAGAUCAAUCUAACCGAAAUCGUAGGGAGAUUCAUCUAGUGAAAAUAACGAAAAAGAAUAAAUCGAAGAAAAAGCAGUCGACAAACUCUAAGAAAGAUUCUAGCUUCGAUAAAAAUUCUUGUAAAAAUUCUGGAUCAAAUACUAAUGUUCCUGCAACACCUUUAUUAGAAUUAACUAAUAUACCUCAAUCAGCAUAUUCUCAUCUGGAAACCGAGAUUGUAGAAAACGAUUCUCCAGCUUCUAAUAGAUCUGAUAAAAAUAAAGAAAAUAAAUUAGAUGGUCGUCUUAUAGAUUAUUCUAAUACAGAAUCUGAAGAUUUAAAUGUUUUAUCAAAAGAUACUAAAGAUUCUAAUCCAAAUAAUAGGAAGGUUCCACGAGAACAAAAAAAAAGUACUAAAAAACCGGACACUGAUAUGUUAGCAGAUUCUCCUCUGGAAACCGAGAUUGUAGAGAACGAAUCUCCAACCUCUAAUAGAUCUGAUAAAAAUAAAGAAAAUAAAUUAGAUGGUCGUCUUAUAGAUUAUUCUAAUACGGAAUCUGAAGUUUUAAAUGUUUUAUCGAAAAAUACUAAAGAUUCUAAUCCAAAGAAUAAGAAGGCUUCACGAGUACAAAAAAAUAAAUCUAAACAAUUGAUAACAGCGCAAAACGUAACGAUAGAAGAAGAAAAUAUCUGAGGUGUAUGAUAUGAAACAAAAUACAAAUAAUAAAGGCUAUGGAAAAAAAUAUUUCUGUCCUUAUUGUAAGGAUAAAUUUAGUAAAUUGGGCCGUCAUUUAGAACAAAAGCACAAGGACCAAGCAGAAGUUAAAUCAUUCGUAGUUUUUACAAAAAAGUCAGCUGCAAGAAGCAAUGCCAUUGCCCUUAUCAGAAAUAAAGGAAUAGUGAUUCAUAAUUCAAACUUCGAAUAUCACAAGGGAAAAUUCUUGUGUGCUUGACGACCUGAACCACAGAAAGAAAUGAAGAGCAGAGCUCUGGAAGUCUGUCCUGAUUGUAAUGGUACUUAUACAAAUUUAAGUAUAAAAAACCACAACUGUAAAGUAGACACAGAGAAUCUUCCAAACAAAACCAGAGAACUACUUCUACGUGGCCGACAAAAAUUUUUGCACUGUGAUAAAGGAUUGUCGGAAAGAAUGAGAGUAGAAAUACUACCAACAAUUCAAAAUGAACAAUAUUUCGAAAUCAUUAAAAGUGAUUUUUUAAUUCUAGAAUGUGGUGAAUCGUUUUGCAAAAAAUAUCUUGAAGCUAGACAAAACUAUAUGAUCUGCGGAUAUUUAAGAGCAUAUGCUAAUUUUUUAAUAGAAAUCAGAAAGAUUAAUUCAGAAAUAUCAGAUUUUGAAUUGGUUAUGAGACCACACUAUUACAAAGACACGUGUUUAGCAAUUAAAAAGGUGGCUGGGUUUUCAAGAAGUGGCUUUGCGCACCCUGGAACAGCAACAUCUUUAACAAUGUUAAUUAAAAAAGCAGCUAAAGUUAAUCAUUGCGAUAUCUUGAUGAGUAAAGAUCCAGGCAGAAAAGCAGUUCAGAAGGAAGUUGAGGGUUAUGCCAAAUUGUGCGAAGAUCGAUUUGGAGAAGAUAUUAAUAAAAUAGCAACUACAACUUACUUGAAAAACAAACAGAAUAAGCAAGUUGAGCUUGUAAGUACAGAAGAUAUUAAUAAAUUAGAUACAUUUUUAGAAAAUAAACAUUUGAAUGCAUUAAAGACUUUAAACAGAAUAAACGAGGACGUUGAAGAUAUUGACGCAGAUGCUUGGUGCAAAAAAUAUUAUAAUAUUUGGCGUGAUCUUGCAGAUGCAACAUUGGUGGGAGUGAUGCAUUUUAACAGAAAAGAGCCGGGGAAACGGAAUGAAUUGAAAUAAAUGAUUUUAAAAAAAUAACUGUUAUAAAUAAGUCUCAUCCUAAUUGGAAAAAUAUGAAUGUCUCAGAUAGAAAACAUGCAACCCAAUACGGUAGAUUUGAGGUCGUCGGAAAAUUGUAUAAUUCGGUUCCAAUUCUGUUAGACAAGCACUUAAGAGAAUGUUUUAAUGUUAUUAUUAAAUUUAGAGGUUUAGCUAAGGUAAGGUACAGCAAUCCUUACGUGUUUGGAAUUCCUAACAAGAAUGUGCAUAAACAUAUGCAUAUCAGAACUUGUGAUACAAUACGUAAAUUUUCGACACAAUGUGGGGCAGAUAAACCUCAUUUACUUCGCGGAACAAUAACGAGGAAACACUUAGCUACCGAAUCAUAUAAUGACGGUGCUACCGGCGGUGAAGUUGUUUGGAUAUCAAAAUUUAUGGGUCACCGUAAUGCCGUUCAUGAAAACGUAUAUCAGCAGGAUACUGUAGCAGAUAUAGUAACAGUAUCCAAGCACCUAGAAAAAGCUUCUGGAAGAAAAAUAUUAAGGAUAAAGAAGUAAAGGAAACUGAUAAGCGACAAGAGUCUAAACAUAAUGUUGAAAAUGAAACUCCAGAAAACAAUAAGAGAAUAAACAUGACCGAAUCCUUUACGGAAAACUCAUCACAAGAAGAAUUAAAUUCUACACAAGAGGAUGCAAAUUUAAAAAAAAAGACAAGGAAGCGUAAGCUAUCAAACACUGGGAGCGAUUUUGAAAAUGAGGGCUCUUCACCAGAAGUAGUCCCACCAAAAAAAUCAAAGUCAAAAAAACGAUUAGUAUUUAACUGUAGCAACGAUUCCCAUAAUGAUUCUUCUACUUCAGAUUUGGUCCAACAGAAGAAUAGGAAACAAAAAGUAUUCAAUUCAAGUAACGAUUCGGAGACUAGUAUCACAGUAACAGCAUAUUCAGAACAAAGGAGAAAACUGCAUAAUAGUAAAAAGUCAAAUCAUGCACGUGAAGAAUCAACGGACAGUUCUUUAAACAUAAGUAAUACAUCAAUGGUAAAACCAAAAAACAAUUACAAAAGAUACACGGAGGAUGAAAAAAAAUCAGAUGUGCAAAUUUUUUGAAAGUUACUUGAUAAGGAAGAAGAUACCUUCAAAUGCACAAAUGCGAAAUGCGCAACAACAUUUGCCAUGUAUCAAAGAUAAACCAUUAAAAACGAUUAGAUCAUAUUUAA